AUGCCGGUGAUGGAACUAAAUUCCACCUAUUGUGAGGAGUGGGAGCAAACCCACCAUUUGCUCUUCCAUCUUGGAAACUUGUCUCUGUUGCUGGGCUUGAUCAUCCCGACCACUCUUGGUCUGCACAUGAUCCUUCUUCGCCUCCUCCUAAUGACAGGUUGCAGUCUCUUCAUUGCAUGGGCAACUCUUUACAGAUGCAACCUAGAUGUGAUGGUUUGGAAUGUGGUCUUUCUAGUUGUCAAUUUCCUGCACUUGUUCUACCUACUGUACAAGCGAAGACCGAUUAAGAUUGACAGGGAGCUACGGGUGGUCUACAAACGAAUGUUUGAGCCUCUUCAUGUGCCAGAGGCGUUGUUUCAGAGGCUCACAGGACAGUUCUGCAAAAUCCAGACAAUAAAGAAAGGCCAGGCCUACGCUGCAGAGGACAAGACCUCCGUAGAUGAACGUCUAAGCAUCCUGCUGAAAGGAAGAAUGAAGGUAUCAUACCGAGGCCAUUUUCUCCACAACAUCUAUACCAAUGCAUUCAUCGACUCUCCAGAGUUCAGGUCCACUGAGAUGCACAGAGGAGAGAAGUUUCAGGUGACCAUUGUAGCAGAAGAGAAUUCAAAAUAUCUGUGUUGGUCUCGAGAGAGGCUCACGUACUUCCUGGAAUCAGACACUUUCCUCAAUGAGGUGUUCAGGUACCUCAUUGGCAAAGACAUAACCAACAAACUGUACUCUCUGAAUGACCCCACACUCAGUGAUAAGGUUGUAAAGAAGAUGGACCGUCAACCCAGCCUCUGCUCUCAAUUGUCCAUGAUGCAGAUGAGAAACAGUAUGGCAAGCACCAGCGACACUGAUGAUGUCCUUCACCAGAUCCUACGAGGGGGAUCGGCUGGAUCAUCAACUCAAAAAUCCCCUGGCACCAGAUCAUCCAUUAAAAUGAAGCCAAUAGAGGAGGGUAUGGAGGAUGACGUUUUUAAAUAA